GAGAAGUCAUAGACGCUAACAUUUGUUUGCUAGACUAUUAUCAAAUAUCCGAAAUUCGAAGCACAUGCCUGACCUAACGUUAUUAACAAAAGUAAAAUCAACAGAAUUUUAAUCUUAAAUCAUAUUUGCUCAAAAACGUUUUAACUGCGUCUCACUAACAAUUACUGAUGCAUCUCAAUCUGUAAAUUAGAUGCAUUUCGAAAAACGAUAGAGAAAAUGUCAACUCUGAACUUUGAUCAAAACAGAGAAGCAAUAAUUAUUGAAAAAGAAUCUUCUAUCUAGAACGCUCAAUUGAAUGGUCCAUUAGAGGGAGCUAGAUGCAUUACUCUUAAUAUGUUAAUGAAAUAUUUGGAACAGGGUGACUUUUAGUCGACCAAUAGUGUCUGGACGCUGACGUAUCAUGAAUAAAAGCAUAAACUUGAUCAUGGUCAUGACAAAUGGUUAAAUUAUUCUCAAAAAUGCUAUAAGCUACAUGGUGCAUGUCUAAAGAUACCAAAGUUCAGAUAAGAAAUGUUGAACAAAUAUGCAUGCAAUGCGAAUGGGACAUCAUAAAGUUAUGACGCAUCCUAUUUACGAUCACCAAUAAUAUCAAUCAGAGCUAUUGUCAAUUUAGAAAAGAAAAGAGAAUAUUCGGUAGUACUUCAGUGACGAACUGUCGUAGAAUAAAUCAGUUUCAAUCGGGGACUAAGAGUGUCUAGAUCGGUCUGCAGCAAAAUUGGUACUACGCAUGUCAUUAAUUUGUGAGAUUUUCUUGAGUGUUUGAAUUCUUUUUCUUGCAAUUUUUAAUGUUUUUACGUUGUCGUCGGUCGUAAUUAUUAUUUUUUGUAAUUUUUUUUUUAAUGUUUCGCUUUGGAUACUGUUUUGUGUCAAAAUUGCAAUUGUUUUGAUGACGUUCAAUUCAAUAUGAAUCAUGCACAAUGAAUAACCGGAAAUUUUUCUUUGAAAUGUAUUUGAUAUUCAAUUAUCUAUCGAAUUUUUCAACCUGAACAAUUUAAUCGUCGAGAAAACAGUGACUUGAAGAAACACACGUCGUCGCACCGAAAAUGCAUUAUCGCUAAAGUGGAAAGAACAAGAUAGAGUAAUACAAUCCAACUAGAAAUUGCAUAAAUUCGCACAACGAUCGAUUUUGAGUCGAGAAUUCAGCAAAUCAUAUCGAUAGAGUUUACUAGAUUCGGAAAAACUCGAUGUGAUAUUAAGUUAACGGAAUCGAAAUUAAAGGACUGGGACAUAAAUUAGAAAAUUUAAUUUUUUUUUAAGUUAGAGUUCUGUGAUUUAGUGCACGAUAAAAUGUUCUCUUUGAAUUUUACCAAAAGGCAAUGGUUGACACUAUUCGUGAUUGGAUUAGCUGAUUUCUGUAAUGCAGUUUGUGUUAGUUUACAGGCUCCGUUUUUUCCACAAGAGGCGGAGAAGAAAGGAGCCACCGCAACAGAAUAUGGACUCGUAUUCGGAGUAUUCGAAUUAGUUGUAUUUGUUAUAUCUCCAGUUUAUGGACAAUAUCUUAAUCGCAUAGGACCGAAAGUAUUAUUUAAUGGAGGAAUAUUUACCACUGCCGCUUCAGCUAUCUGCUUUGGACUUCUCGACAGAGUCCAAGGACACACCAGUUUCGUAGCUCUGGCAUUUACAAUACGAAUCGUCGAAGCUCUAGGAAAUGCUGCAUUUUUGACAGCUUCCUUUGCCAUCAUUGCCAAAGAGUUCCCGAACAAUGUUGGCACCACUUUUGCUUCGUUAGAAACAUUUUUCGGAUUAGGAUUGAUCGUUGGACCGAUGGUCGGAGGUACAUUAUACUCGGUGGGUGGAUAUUUCUUGCCGUUUGUUGUCCUUGGAUCUGCCCUAUUUGUAACAGCCUUGUUAACGGCGUGUGUGCUGCCGAAACAUCCGCAUGCAUGCGAUGCUGGACAAGCUGGACCAAACCUCAAAACGGUUCUGAAAAUACCGGGAGUGGUAGUAUGUGCUGUUGGAAUUUGUGCAACAAGCGCGUCUAUUGGAUUUUUAAGCGCCACCUUAGAACCGCAUUUACGACAAUUCGACCUAGGACCGAUAUUGUUAGGAAUGAUUUUCGUGAUAAAUGGAGGAAUAUAUGCGCUGGCUGCACCAAUUUGUGGUUUGUUGGUCGAUAGAUUUAUAAAUCCGAAAAUAUCAUCGUGCAUGGGAAGCAUAUUCAUAGCAGCCGGAUUCUGUUUAGUUGGACCCAUCUCGUUCUUGCCGAUGGAAACGAAACUCGGUACAGUUAUUGCCGGAUUAGUGCUGCAUGGUCUCGGUAUUGCCUCUCAACUGGUAGCUAGUUUUUCCGAUGCUUUGCGUACGUCGAUACAACACGGUCUACCCGAUAAUAUCGAAACGUAUGGUUUGAUAUCUGGCCUUUGGACAUCCACAUUCGCUUUGGGAGCGUUUAUUGGACCGUCAGUGAGUGGUGCGCUGUACGAUUCAAUUGGUUUCCGUGAGUCAACCAUUUUUAUUGUCGGUCUGCAUGCACUAGUGGCUGUAAUGAUCGCGAUAUUCUUAAUAAUUGAAAAACGACAGGCCAAUCCGUACAAAGAGUUGAACCCUUCGGAAUCUUUACUUAAGAGCCGAGACAGCCUUUUCUUCAGCAACAGCAGUUUGGAUAAAAGCCUGAAGAGCCACCGUGGAUCCAUUACAAUUGAUCAAACUGGUCCAGGAGCACUCAGCAAUUUGAUGAUGUGCAACAGUUACAACAACAAACAAUGUCAAUGGUCAAGUCGAUGCGAACGACAUGAUACAUUGGGUCAAUACUACGGAAGUGUUGACAUGCGACCAGGACACAUCGAAACUCUUGCAUAGAUUUAAAUGAGCGUGCCGUUAGUGUAUCUUUUGUUCGAUCAUAAUUGUAAGUAAUAUUACCGGAAAUAAGACUAUUGCCACAACUAGAAUCUCACUUUAAGCCCGCCCUCUCGUGUCAUCUUUUUAUUGUUUUUUUUAGUGUUAUCAAUCAAAUAGUAAUUUUCUUUCCCACAUUCGGUACUCAAUUUUAUUGUUUUGUUUUGAAGCCGAGAGUUAUCUUUUGUUGUUUUUUUUUCAUCUUUUCUUUAUUUUCUAAGAUAAUUUUAGUUAAUUUUUGUCGUUGGAUUAAGAUUCUCACCUACCAGCUUAGGUAUAAUGUGUCACACUAAGGAAUAUAUUUUCUCCAAUUUAUUUAAAAACAAAAUCUUUGUACUGAUUAAUUUACACAAUAAACGUAAAAAUAAAUGAA